AGUGAUGGACUGAGGACGGAGAGGAGAGGGCUUCUGGGCGAAACCAUUCAUCCAGCUGAGGAAAACCUAAAGAUUAACCUCCACCAGAAGGCUUCCAGCUCCGAGUUACAGAGGAUUAACGACGCGUGUCUGUAUUAAACAGUGAGAUUACAAAUCUGGGUAAUUUAGGGCUAGAUUAGCCUCUGCCUGGGUCUGUGAGCGUUGCGGCAUCCCCACCGCAUCCCUGCGAAUAAACGAGACGAACGGGACGGGGAUCGUUUCACGAUGGAUACCUGCGAAGACGCAGAAAUGCAACCAGGACUGAGGAUUCCGUUCAGCUCUCUCUGUGUUUAGUCGUUUUUUGUUUUGUUUUUUGUCGCUGCUUGCUGCCUUGUUUGCGAUGAUUCUCGUGCGAAGGCUCGUCCAGCUGUCCGUGCUGCUCGUCCAGAGCGGGUGGCGGGGGGUCGAGCCGAGCCCCACCGAUGAGGGAGCUCUCCGGACCGGCCACGGAGAGCAUGGGGAGCCGGGCCAUCAGGAGCCUCACAAGGACUCCUACAAUACCUUCGCCUCCGAGUUCCUUGAGUCCAGAUACCUAUCUGAUGACGGUUAUCCGUUCCCCACUGCACCACCGGUCGAUCCUUUUGCCAAGAUCAAAGUCAUUGACUGCGGAGUGACCAAAGGCUGCAUCAGGUAUGGGAAGCCAGGGUGUGAUGCAGAGACGUGUGAGUACUUUCUGAGUUAUCGCCGCAUCGGGACAGAUGUGGAGUAUGAGAUGAGCGCAGACACAGACGGCUGGGUGGCUGUAGGUUUUUCCUCUGAUAAGAAAAUGGGAGGAGAUGAUGUCAUGGGAUGUGUGCACGAUGACAAUGGACGCGUGCGAAUUCAUCACUUCUACAACGUCGGCCAGUGGGCCAAAGAGAUCAAGAGGAACCCUGCAAGAGAUGAAGAGGGCAUUUUCGAGAACAACCGAGUGACCUGCCGUUUCAAGCGACCGUUAUACGUCCCGAGGGAGGAAACGCUGGUAGACCUACAUCUGUCAUGGUACUACCUGUUUGCAUGGGGUCCUGCCAUACAAGGCUCCAUCACGAGGCAUGACAUCGACAGUCCUCCGGUUAGCGACCACAUGAUCAGCAUCUAUAAAUACGAGGACAUUUUCAUGCCUUGCACAGCCUACCAGACCUUCAAUUCUCCUCUCUGCUUAUUGUUCAUAGUAGCUCUCACCUUCUAUCUUCUCAUGGGAACGCCAUAAUGCACUAUGCACAAUAGAUCACAAAUGGGAGACAAGACACUGAAGACAGGAAGAACCAGCAAUAAAAAAAAAAAAUUCUACUUGAUGCCAUAUACAACUGUACACUUUGCAUAGAGAGACAGUAUUAAAUCAGUUAAAAAUGAUAUUAGGAAAACCUACUACUCCUACAGAUGAUAUAGACAAAUUAUUCAACAAAUGAUAUAGAAUUAUUAUGUAUUAGAGGGGUCUUAUAAAAAGUAGUAUUAGAUUUAAAUGAGACAGUUAUUUUCUGUAUUAAUGAUAGCUUCCACUUAGUUGAAAUACAGUGUUUACAUAUGCCAAUAAAUCAAUGUCACAAGCCUUUAAAGCGCUGCAUGCACCAUAAAAUGGUGGGAAUGACAUUAGAAAAUAUGCUGUUCACUGGUGUCUCAUAUUGAGCUUGGCUGAAACAAAAUGUUUUUAUAAAGAUGGCUGGAAAUAAAACAGCUUGCAAGCACACUUUCAGUCCUCGUACCCUGCUAUGUCGCUAUGGAUAUCUUCAAUCCCAUCUUUCUCAACUGCACUGAGUGCUUGUUUAUCAGUACCAUGGAGCUGUGACUGCAGAGGCAAAGAAAGACUGAUAAAAACGAGUUACUCUCGUCAAGCAAGAAAACACUGAACAGGAGAAAACUGGAUUGCAAAGGACUUUGCAGGGAUAUGAAAUGUUUUUCCUCCUGAUUGUUAUUGUAGCAUUUUAAUCUGUAUUAAAAAAUGGCUGAAUAUACAGAAAUGUUUGAAACAGUCUGUCACUAAAAGCACAAGUAUAUGCAACAUAUAACCUUCCAGUCACAAAUAUAUUCAGUGUGACCUGUUUGGCAGACCCCAGUGUUAAGCAUUUGCAAUUUGACAGGGCAAAAAUGGCAUAACUCCUAAGAUAAUGCCAUUGCCAGUGUGCUUUCUUGUACAGGCAGAAAUAAAAAUGUACAUUUACAGCCAGCAGACAGUUUUGGCAAAUUGAUAAUACUUUUGUGAGCUAUCAUGUUUUACACACAUUGAUCCGAACAUUUGCAACAAACAGCUGUUUUUAUAAUAUUAACUAAAUGAGUGAAUUUAACCAUAUCCAACAGUUAAUUAUUUUUUUAAAAACCCAAACAAACCUAAAUAUUUUUUAGGCAAUCUCAAACACAUGCAUGUUAAAUAAAGUUUCUUUUUGCAUUAAAUGAAUUACAACAACAGUAACGUAAAAAUAAACCUAAAUAUACAUAAAACUUUUUCGUCACCUCUUCAAAAUAAAUGCACCAGCUGAGUACUACAUUACCCACAGUGCCUGUGGGCAGUUCACUUCUGGAACGUCAUAUGUUUUCCUCCCUCACGCGGUGGAGCGGUUGGAAGGACUACCGGACCGACGGCAGAAACAUGGCAGACGAGGAGGACUCCGCUUCGGAGCCAGCCGCUGUCUCCCCGUCGGCGAGCCCUAAAUUGCCGCGGCCUCUCUCCGUUUCUUUCUCCGAGAGCGUGCAGCCGGCCGUCGGGAUGAUGAGCCAACUACUGACCCAGCCGUCCUCCCUAAAGUUUGACAAAAACAUCAAGCAGGCCUUCUACAACACCGGGGCCAUGAUCUUCGUGGCUAUCUGCUGCGGGGCAGCCGUGCUGGUCUACUUCAUCCUGGAGGCCUUCCUCCGCCCGCUGCUGUGGGCAGUGCUCUGCGGCACCUUCCUCCACCCGUUCAAAUACUCCCUGGCCCGCCUCGGCCGGUCGUGGCUCAGCGGCCUGCAGUGCACCGGGACGCCCGUCGUGGUGGGGACCCUGCUGGUUCCGGUGUGGUGCGUCAACCACGGGGUCGAGACCAUGGGCCGGUUCGUGCUCGAGAGGCUGACGAUGCUUCUGGUGGUCGGGGCCGGGGCGCCGCUGGUGUAUUUCCUCUACCUGUUCUGGAGUGUCAUCGGCAUGCAGGUGGUGCUCGGGCACGUCUGUUGGGUCAUCGGGGUGGUGCUGGACUGCUUCCACGUUGUGUGGGUGGGCACCAUUGUGUUUGGCUACUUGCUGGCAGUUUGCGUCAAAUGGAGCCCCCAAACCGAGCGGUACCUGAGGGUUCUGGCUCUCCCUGUCUGGGGUGUCCUGGUCUUCUACAUUGUGUCUGUGACUGGCUCGUGGAGAGUGCCCAUAUUUGUAGUGGUGGUGGUCCUUCUCAUCGUGGGCUCCCAAGAAAAGCCCCCUGUUCCUGGAAAAGGGGAGCUGUCAGGACAGGUGCUGUCAUUCGCUGCAAACACAAUCUACAUGGCUAUUUCGUGUAGCAACCUUAAGCCCAAAGCUGGACCAAGUGAGAACUCUACCACAGAUGGCAUGCCCUCAGUGGGUCCUCUUCCCACCAACCCAGGCUUCCCUCGAGGCUCCCGUUCCUUACAAGCCGGCCUCUUCCAUAAUGAUCAGAGCUCCCGUAAAGCCAGCGAUAUCUACUUUAUUCUGCUGGUCUGGGCCAUUGUGCUGGUUCAGAUUUGGCUCAACCUCUGGAUCCUACAGCUGCUGCCUAUCCCUGUGGCCGUGUGGGUGCUGAAGAAGCUGGUGGUCCACUUUGGUCUGAAGAGCUUUGCUGAGCGGACUUUGAGCUCCUGGUGGACGGUUUUGGAAAAGUUUGGACGCGAGCGUGAGGAGGCCUUGCUGCCUGGACCAAUCAAAGGCCUGGCUCUGUUCCUGCUGCGAGUCGACACCAAGCUCUGGCAUUGGCUUAACAAGCAGAUGAUUGUGUGGCUGGAGCGGUCGCUGGAUAAAAUCAUCAGCAUCUUCAUCAUCUGCCUCCUGGUCACAGGGACCCUGCUUAUGGCUCUGCUGCUCACCGCUAUGGUUCAUCACGAAAGCGUUCACAUCAUCGAGGUAACCAGUAAUCUCAUCAAUGAGACCGUUUCCAACCAUCCGGAGUGGGCAAAUUUGCUUCCAGAAGCUCGUGUCGUACAGAAAGCUCUGAAUUCAGCGGCUACCAAUGUUUAUCAGCAUGGCAGAGAGUGGAUAACGCAGAAGCUCCAUAAGAUGCUCGGGGAGAAGGCGAACAACACGACGGUGAUCGAGAAGCAGGUUUUGGAGCUCUGGGACCGUCUUUACCAUUCCUGGUUUGUGAAGAAUGUGACUUAUGCUGGGCGCCACCGAGGGCACAAGAUGACUCACAGACAGAACAGCUGGCUAGGAGACAUUCUGGACUGGAAGGACAUCGCCUCCUUCCUGCAGGAAAAUAUCGAGACUCUGCUCUCCAUCCUGGAGUCUCUGUGGGUGGUUAUGAGCAGGAAUGUAGGCCUCCUCUUCUCCACCACCACCACCCUCCUCACCGUCCUGUUCCACAGCGGCACGGCGCUGCUCAACUUCGUACUGAGUCUGGUGAUUUUCCUCACCACUCUGUUCUACCUGCUGAGUUCCAGCGGUGAAUAUUACAAACCCGUAAAGUGGGUGAUCAGCCUGACGCCGCUGUCCCAGCCGGGACCCUCCUCCAACAUCAUUGGCCAGUCUGUGGAGGAAGCCAUCAGAGGGGUGUUUGACGCCUCCCUGAAGAUGGCUUGUUUCUACGGGCUCUACACCUGGCUCACUCACACCAUCUUCGGCAUCAACAUCGUCUUCAUUCCCUCCGCUCUGGCGGCCAUCCUGGGGGCCGUGCCGUUCCUGGGGACCUACUGGGCGGCGGUGCCGGCCAUGUGCGACCUGUGGCUGGCGCAGGGCCAAGGAGUCAAAGCCCUCCUGCUGCUCGUCUGCCACCUGCUGCCCACGUACUUCGUGGAUACAGCCAUCUACUCUGACAUAUCGGGGGGGGGGCACCCAUACCUGACAGGCCUGGCGGUCGCAGGCGGAGCCUACUAUCUGGGUCUGGAGGGGGCCAUCAUUGGGCCCAUCCUUCUGUGCAUCCUGGUGGUGGCGGCCAACAUCUACAGCGCCAUGCUGAUGAGCCCCAGCUCCGCUCUGCCCACGCCGGUGCAGUCCAGCUGGCCUGUCCACUCCAUGAAGACCUUCACAGAGUCCACUCCGUCUGUCCUGAAGAAGUCCAGUGAGUGAAGGUUGGAGGAUGUGUCUCUGUGGUCUGUCAUCUGGCUUUCCUAUUGGCUGACCCUUCAGGGAAAAGCGUUCCCCUCCCUGAGGCUCCCUCCAAACGCCGCCUGGCUCCACAGGGCCGACCCGGACCGAGCAGUGGAGGCAUCGCGGCGCCCAGUGAAGCGGUCCGCUAACCAGAGCGAGCGCUUUGUCUGAGCUAUACGGAGACGGCUCCUUCCACUCAACAAGCAUCCCUCCUGAUCCCAACCCUGGACCAACGACAGCACCUCGGGUUUCCCAUGACGUACGACAGAGACUUUGAUGCUAAUCACAUCAUUACUCUGAAAUCAGUGCCUAAAUUCAUUUUGUUAUACUGAGAAACGUGUAAAAUUCCUGCGUAUUUACUCAUAGGAUGAGUUUUUUUUUUUCUGAUGUAGUCCCCGCUCUCCCUGGCCGUGUCCAUGCUCAUGUGCCCUUUGUGGUUGAACAGUAUUUUUCUAACACUACCUCUCUCCUCAUGGAGGCUCCAGUAGAGCUUUUGGCCACUGCUUGUUUGUGAAGUUUUUCCUGCUUUAGAGGUCAGACCUACCCCAUGAGAUGGAGCCAUUGGUUGUUUAUGUAUUCUAAGUUUACACACAACAGCUACUGCAGCUGAAACAUGAAUGAGAUAUCAACACUUUGAGGGGCUGUGACACACACACAGACCCUGUUGUGCUCCCACACCGUCAUCCUCAACCGAGUUCAGACAGACGAUGACUUUGCAUCAGUUUAGACAGCCCUGAUUACUGAUAUAUCUGUUUUACAUUCUUUUUAUUUAUUUAUUUUAAAAAGAAUAUAUAUAUAUUUAAAAAAUAGAUAAAUAAAAUGUAUAAAUUCAUAUUGAUUUAUUUUUAAACGCACACAAUGCCGUGUCUUUUGGUGGCCACACAGAUCUGGAAGCACUGAAGCACAGUUACACUCGGUACACCUUCAUUUGUUUCACCCUUAACACUUGGGCACUUUUAAGGUUUGAAGGGGCUGAAGAAUGUUGUAAUCAUGUCAUCCACUCCUGCUUUAGAAUUGCUCCGCUCUAACUAGAGACAGCAUUUUGCUGGGAGGAGAGUGCACAGCGGUUGGCAUCACAUGAAGCUUUAAUGAGCAGCACAGGAUGGCCUCACGGUGAUGGAACAGCCACCAUGUUAGCUAUCUGAAGGCUGGGCCUGAUAAUGCAUCUUAACUUAACACUUUUGUUUCCCUUUGGAGAAAUUGCUGCUUUUUUGUUUUCCAGUAAUGGUUAUGCACCAAAAUUAACAUAAUUUAACUGCAUUUGCUUUGUUUCAUGCACUCUUCUGUAGUCUUUCUCUUAUAAUUGCUUUAAAAGAAGACAUUAUUUAAUAAAAAUAAAAAAACAACCAUAUUAUUAAUGCUUGGAAGGUUUAACACUGAUAUGCUUUAAGAGAAGAAAACACUAAAUGAGCCAGAACAAUCAGGAGUAUUAUCUCUUUUCUCUUUCUGAUUUAAAAUAAAAAUGAUGGAGAAAUAAAAUCUUGUUCACUGUGUGCUUUUGAAAGUCAGAGCCAGACUCUGUCAUCGGUUCUGUGAAGGCUUUACAGAUUGUCAUUGUGUCAGCAAAGCUCUGGACAGAUGGACAGAAUAAAUACAUAAUAAUAAAUAAAACCAUGAAACACCAGCUGAUUAAAAAAUGGCUACCAGGGAUCCAAAUUUGUAGUGAAACUGAUUUAUUUUCCUCCGGAAAUGACUCAGUUUCAUCAUUUGAUUCCCCACCAGCCCUGAAAUAACAAAGAUGAGGAUCGUCUUACCUGAGACUGAUCCUGAGUGAAACUGCAGAACCGCUAAGAGUGAACUUAAAUCCUUCUAGGAAAGAGGAAAUGGGGUGGAAAAUAUCAGCUCAGCUUAAGCUCCCUGUGGAUUCUGCUCCAUGUCGCGCCGGUGAAAACUGGUGAUUGUGAAGCUAACAGCUUGUCAAACUGAACCCUCGUGAGGCUGAAAAAGUGUUCUAAUUACAUUAAAAGGUGAUUAAAUCCUCACUUAUUUUUGCUGUCAGAUAAUACAGCUCUUAUGUUAUUCUUUGACAUAACUUUCAAAGCUGUUUUUUUUCAGAAAAAUCUCUUGAAUGACUAAGAAUCUAAAUGAUAAAUAA